GAUGCCUACGCAGGAGGCCUUUCACCAGGGCUCAGCACCCCGCGGCCGGGCAGGGGCUGGGCGUGCACCCCGAGCUCUUCCACGAGCCGCAGCUCGGCGAGUGCCCUUUGCUGUUCUUCUCUGGGGCUACCCUGGCCUGGGAAAGCUUCCAGGUGACUGGGGAGCGAGGUAACACCACGAGUCAGACUCGUUUGAGGGGGCGAGGACACGGCAGCCGGGGCGAGUGCUGGCUUGCACGGGAUGCAUGAGCCGGGGAGGACGAGUUUCAGCCGAGGAGGAGCUGCAGGGCCCGCGGGGUGGCCACGCCGGAGGGGACGGCACGGGGACACGGCGGGGCUGGGGCACUCACCGCCCCGUCCCCCAUGCCAGGAGGGUGGUUGAGCUCCUGAGCUGCAUCCCUGCAAAAUCUGCCCACGUCGGGACAAUUCCUGAAAAGCUGCAGAUACAACCGCUGGCCCAUCUGGUAUAAAUAACUUCUUGGCUUUGCUGCCGUGUUUUGUUAUGACUUACUAUAGAAACACGAAGCUCCAUUUGAAUGAAAAUGAAUCAUAAUUUUUUUUUUAUGCCUUUUCCCCUUGAGUGAAAUCCUGUUAAACCAUUCCUCUGCACUCACUGGAAUACUUUCCUUCUUCUCUUUCUUCUUGUCUUUCUCCUUCUCCUUCUCUUUCUCCUUCUCCUUCUCCUUUUCUUUCUCCUUCUCCUUCUCUUUCUCCUUCUCCUUUUCUUCCUCCUUCUCCUUCUCUUUCUCCUUCUCCUUCUCCUUUUCUUUCUCUUUCUCCUUUUCUUUCUCCUCCUCCUUCUCUUCCUUCUCCUUCUUCUUCUUCCUCUCUUCAAUUUUUAGGUCCUAAAAUAGCAAAUUCCAGCUGACUGCUUUCAAGGCAACGAGGCGCCCGCAGGAUUGUGGGAGCGUUGCUCAAAUCAGCAGAGAAACUAACCAAGCUGCCAGGAAACAAUAUUAAAAAAAGACGGGGGGUGGAUCUCGUCCGCCGAGCGCCAGCCCCAUAAAUCAAAGCGCUGCGGUCGGAGCAGAGCCGAAACCUCGCUUCUGCCCUGCUCCACCCCGGCGCAGCUUUUUGUGCUCGCUGUCAGACGCCCUGCUCGCGCGGCGGCGUGGGGCAGGGCACGGACCUGGCCGCUCCGGUUUGCAGCCCCGCGCGUUCACACGGCGCCGCUCAGCCUCCUGCUGCCAGCUCGGCGUGUGAGCCGGGCACAGCAAGCCCUGGCGCCCGGCCUGUGCUGCUCUCCUCGAGUCGUGCCAAAGGCAGCCGUGGAGCAACACGAGCCCACUCCCGUGGGGACCUGCGGGCAGACGGGUGCCGCGGUGCGCAAACCAGUUUGAGACCAGUUCGGUCCCCGUUCCCAAGGCUGCAGCGAUGUGCCGGCUCGCUCUGCGGCUGCCGAAUCCCCCGACCCCUUCCCCAGGACCUCAGCUCCGGGGCGCAGCGAGAUCUUUGCUAUGAUUGCAGCAGCGGCCGGCUCUGCCUGCCGCUCGGACGCCCCCCCAGCGCGCCGCCCCGCCGGGCCCCGCUCCCCCCUCCGCGUGCCCCCCGCCCGGGAGCAGCAUGGGCAGCGUCAGUAGCCUCAUCUCCGGCCACAGCUUCCACAGCAAGCACUGCCGAGCCUCCCAGUACAAGCUCCGCAAGUCGUCCCACCUGAAGAAGCUCAACAGGUACUCGGACGGGCUGCUCCGCUUCGGCUUCUCGCAGGACUCCAGCCACAAAUCCGGCUCCAAAAGCAGCAAGAAUGAGGACUUCUUUUACAUCAAGGUCAGCCAGAAGGCGCACGGCUCCCACCGCCCGGACUACACCUCGCUCGCCGGCGGGGAGCUGGGCGGCCAAGCCGGCACCAGCGGCGUGGACUUCGGGACGCCCACGCCGCAGAAGCUGAUGCCCUUCCCCGGUCAGCUGGACGUGGGCGCAGAGAAGCCCGCUGCGCGACCCACCGCCUUCAAGCCGGUGCUGCCCCGCUCCGGCGCCAUCCUCCACUCCUCCCCGGAGAAUGGGGGGCACCUUCCCCAGCAGCUGCACCCCCCGGACAAAGGCAAGGAGCAGGAGCUGAAGCCGGUGCCGUGCUCGGGGGGGCUGUCCGACUCAGGCAGGAACUCCAUGUCCAGCCUCCCGACGCACAGCACCAGCAGCAGCUACCAGCUCGACCCCCUCGUCGCCCCCCUGGGGCCCAUCAGCCGUUUCGGGGGCUCAGCGCACAACAUCAUGCAGUGCGCCGUCAUCCAGGACAGCAACAUGAUGAGCCUCAAGGCCAUGUCCUUCUCCGACGGGGGCAACAAGAUCAUCAACCCCAGCAAAGCCCCCCACCACCAUGCCGCCGAGAAGACCACUUGCAUCCGAUCGCCCAUCUCCACGGACGAGUCCACCAUCCAGGAGCUGGAGCAGAAGCUGCUGGAGAGGGAGGGAGAGCUGCAGGAGCUGCAGCUGAGCUUCGAGGAGAAGGAAAUCAGCUCCUGCCAGGCCUACGAGGAGAAGCAGCGGCGCUGCAAGGAGGAGCUGGAGGGCCUCAAGCAGAAAUGCAACAGCAAGCUCAAGCAAACCUCGCAGAAAACCCAGCGGACGCAGCAGGUCCUCCACCUCCAGGUGUUCCAGCUGCAGCAGGAGAAGAAGCAGCUCCGGGAGGAGCUGGAGAACCUGAUGAAAGAGCAAAACCUGCUGGAGACCAAGCUGAGGUCCUACGAGAAGGAGAAGACCAGCUUCGCCCCGGCGCUGGAGGAGACUCAAUGGGAGGUGUGCCAGAAGUCGGGGGAGAUCUCCCUGCUGAAGCAGCAGCUGAAGGAGUCCCAGACUGAGCUCAACACCAAGACCUCCGAGAUCCUCAGCCUGAAGGCUCAGCUGAAGGAGGUGAGGGCCAAGAUGGACGGGCUGGAGAUGAAGACCCAGGACCUGGAGGGCUCCCUGCGCACCAAAGCCAUGGAGCUGGAGGUGUGCGAGAACGAGCUCCAGCGCAAGAAGAACGAGUCCGAGCUGCUGAGGGAGAAGGUGAACCUGCUGGAGCAGGAGAUCGUGGAUCUGCGGACAGAGCUGGCCGUCCUCAAGGAGCAGCUGAACGAGGCCCGGGACGGGGCCAGGCCCUGCCAGGCCAUGGCGGACGAUGCGCAGGCCCUGCAGGGAGAGGUGGAGAGGCUGAGGGCCGAGCUGAAGGCCGAGCGGGACAACAACGAGCAGAUGACCUCCGGCUUCCAGCACGAGCGGCAGACGUGGAAGGAGGAGAAGGAGAAGGUGAUUCACUACCAGAAGCAGCUGCAGCAGAGCUACCUGCACAUGUACAAGAGGAACCAGAACCUGGAGAAGAUGCUCCAGCAGCUCGCUGCAGGGGAAGACGGCAAGGAGCCCAUCGAGCUGGACAUACCCGGCGCCGACGUCCCCUACGAGGACAUCAUUGCCACCGAGAUCUGACCCAGGUCUGCCUUCUCCUCCUUGUACAGUUGAGAUGAGCCAUGUAUUUAUUAGCGGAGCUGGCGGCCUGGCCAGCUCCUCUCCCUCCCCGCGUCACCCCGCGGCGUGCCCGUCGCUGCCUGUCGUGUUGCAGAGGUGAAGAAGCCACUCGUGCCAAUGGUGACGUGCCAGCAGCCCCCCUCGCCUCCCCCCUGCCCCCCGGUAGGACCGAGAAGCUGGUGACGGGGGCGGGCAGGGCAGCAAACGCUCGGGUAACGGAAUGAUGCAAAAUUCCCAGGACCCCCGUGGUGGCACGGCUCUGGGGACGGGGACAUCACCAGCUUCAAGAGGAGAAAGCCCCCAGCACAUCGCUGCCACAGCCUGGGGAAAGCACGGAGCUGCUCUUGUGUUAUUUAUCUUUUACCAGCUGAUGUUGGGCACACCAGGAGCCACGGAGCCAGCCCGUGUGCCCCAGCUCAGGCUGGAAGCCCCGACCCCCUCCUCCUGUCCUCCAGCUCCUGCAGUGCCUCGGGAAGGACCCUGCACACACACACACACACAAUGAUUUGCACCCAUGGACGGGAGCAACCCUCGGUGUGCCCCAUGCACAGGGGGAAGCACCAGCUCCCGGAGGGACUCACGGCCGUCAGCUCGCCCGAGGCACCUGCCAAGAGGUGCCCGGUCUCCAGAGGUGCCUCUCGGGAAGCAAAACGCCUUCCAGCUUCAGGGAGCAGAAGGUGGAAGUAGCCAGAAAUCAGCAGGGAUUUCUAUUUUUAAAGAAAAUCCAGAGUUAAAUGCUUCCCGCCUUCUCUGUAUCUUUUUAGAGUUGUAGCAACCAAAAAUGCAGAUUUUUCCCCCUAUUCUCCCAUCACAGCAGUCACUCCUGCCCCAUGCUGAGCCAGCACCCAGCACCAAGCCCCUUACACCCAACACCCACAUCGGCAUCACCUCCCACCCAUGACCACCGUACCCCCGCACGUCCCUUGUCCCCAUAUCCUCACCCUAAGCCCCCCAGUCCCUGCUGUGGAGCGCAGGGACCCUCUGGCAUGCCCACAACACAGCUCAGUGCCCCUCGCCCUGCUCCAGCCAGCCGGCACACACAACACACAGAAACCAGUCUGUGCCUUCUGUACCACCCCAGCACCCCGGCACAUCCCUGCUGAGCCCAAGCCACGGCUUGCUGGAGAAGAGCAAACCCCAGACUCCAAAUCUGGCCCUCGAGAUGCAGGGCAGGGAUGGCCACCGUGUUGGGAUGGCCACCGCAUCGGGACAGCCACCCUGUGCCCAGUUUUGGAGAGCCAAAAGAGCAGGGGACAAGGGAUGGCUCCCAAUGCCUAAUGCACCGGCUCCGCACCCAGCCCCUCUCCAGCUGGGAUUUUCUGCAUCACCCAAGCCAUAUCCUUGCCCCGAGCGGGUCUGUCCCCCCCACACACCCCACAUCCGAGCCGGAGCCCCUCUCCCACGAGCUUUUUCCGUGCCAAACACGCGCAGGCGGGAGCGGAGAGCCCUGCCCAGCCGCCCAGCCCCGUUCCUGCCCGUCCCCGUCCCCGUCACCCCAUCCCCGCGUCCUCAGCAGCCAACGCUGUACGAUGUGAUCGCCCGGAGGCGUCGCCGUGCUGCCUUUGCACAACGCUGUGUGUGACCGUAUGCAUCGCAGAUGUGUCGCUCCCCGGUGUGAGUAGCGGCUGCCCUGCCCCACGGCCGCAGCCUGUACAUAUAAUUAUUUUUCUGCAGGUUUUUUUUUCUUUUUUUUUUUUUUUUUGGAUGUUAUUUCUGGUGACUGAUGUAAACUACUGGUAAUUUUAUGGUUUUAUUUAUAAAUAAAUUUUUUAAAACUUA